GCCGCCGCCGCCGCCUCGCGGAAGGGGGAGCCCCGCGCAGCCUCAAGAUGACCCGGAGUUGCUCGGCGGUGGGCUGCAGCACGCGGGACACCGUGCUGAGCCGGGAGCGCGGCCUCUCCUUCCACCAGUUUCCAACUGAUACGUUACAACGCUCGAAAUGGAUCAGGGCCGUGAAUCGUGUGGACCCCAGGAGUAAGAAGAUUUGGAUCCCAGGCCCAGGUGCUAUAUUGUGUUCCAGACAUUUUCAAGAAAGUGACUUUGAAUCGUAUGGCAUAAGAAGAAAAUUGAAAAAAGGAGCCGUGCCUUCUGUUUCUCUGUACAAGGUUCUUCAGGGUACACCCCUUAAAGGUAAAGCAAAACAGAAGGUCCUAAAGCAGUCGCUUCCUGACAGUUCUCUCGAGACCGCCGCUGAGGACCAUAACUACAGUUUAAGGACACCUCUGACAACCAGCGUAGAGACCAGCGUAGAGAAGCUGGCCGAGGUGCAGCAGAUGCUCCAGGUACCCCAAAAGAGGCUCGUUUCUGUAGAAAACUGUACAUUGAUCAAGAAGAGAAAGGACUUAAAAUUAAUUGACGCCCUUGUAGAAGAGAAACUACUUUCUGAAGAAACAGAGUUUCUGCUCCGUGCACAGUUUUCAGAUUUUAAGUGGGAAUUAUAUAACUGGAGAGAGAUAGCUGAGUACUCUACAGAAAUGAAACAGUUCGCGUGUACACUCUACUUGUGUAGUAGCAAAGUCUAUGAUUACGUGAGAAAGAUUCUUAAACUGCCUCAUUCUUCCAUCCUCAGAACAUGGCUCUCCAAGUGCAAACCCAGUCCAGGUUUCAACAGCAGCAUUUUUUCUUUUCUGCAACAAAGAGUAGAGACCGGAGACCAACGCUAUCAGUACUGUUCACUGAUAAUUAAAGGUGUUUCUCUGAAGCAGCAGCUUCAGUGGGACCCCAGCGACCACCAUUUGCAAGGGUUCAUGGACUUUGGUCUUGGCAGGCUGGAUGCCGAUGAAAUGCCACUGGCCUCUGAAACUAUUUUAUUAAUGGCAGUGGGGAUUGCCGGUCACUGGAGAACUCCUCUUGGUUACUUUUUUGUAAACAGGGAAUCUGGCUAUUUGCAGGCCCAGCUGCUCCGUCUGACGAUUGGAAAAUUGAGUGACAUAGGGAUCACGGUUGUGGCCGUGACCUCAGAUGCCACAGGACACAGUGUGCAGAUGGCCAAAGUGUUGGGGAUCCACAUCAGUGAAGACAAUAUGAAGUGCACAUUUCAGCAUCCUUCAUCCUCUUCUCAACAGAUUGCCUAUUUCUUUGAUUCCUGCCACUUGCUGAAGUUAAUACGCAACACGUUUCAGGAUUUCCAAAGCAUUCGGUUCAUGCACGGCACAGCACAUUGGCAGCACCUUGUGGAGUUAGUAGCUCUAGAGGAAAAGGAAUUAUCAGAUUUGGAAAAGAUCCCAGGAAAGCUGGCAAACCUGAAGAACCAUGUACUCAAAAUGAAUUGUGCUGCCCAGCUAUUCAGUGAGAGUGUGGCCAGUGCAUUAGAAUAUCUUCUCUCACUGGGUCUGCCUCCUUUCCAGAACUGUACCGGCACCAUCCAUUUCUUACGCUUGAUUAACAAUCUGUUUGACAUAUUCAAUAGUAGAAACUGUUAUGGAAAGGGACUCAAAGGACCUCUGUUGCCUGAGACUUUUAGUAAAAUUAAUCAUGUAUUCAGUGAAGCCAAGACUAUUUUUGUUACAUUAUUCGACACUAGCAAUAAUCAAAUAAUUAAAAGUAAACGAAAACUCGGAUUCCUGGGAUUUUUACUUAAUGCUGAGAGCUUGAAAUGGCUCUACCACAAUUAUGUGUUCCCAAAGGUCAUACCUUUUCCAUAUCUUCUGACUUACAAAUUUAGUCAAGAUCAUUUGGAAUUAUUUUUGAAGAUGCUCAGACAGGUAUUACUAAUCAGCUCCAACCCUACCUCUAUGGCAUUCCAGAAGGCUUACCAUGAUUUGGAGCCCAGAUACAGAUCACCACAUGAAGCUUUUCUUAGUGAAGUCAGCAUCCUUGACAUUUCAAUCGCCCAGAGGACAGAUUUGGCCCUUUGGACAGUUCAGCGUCAGUAUGGUGGCAGUGCUUUAAAGACUCUUGUUCACAGAAAGAAUGUUUGCCUCGACUGGUCUAAUUGUUCACUCAGUGAGGCAUUGCUAGACCUGACCGAUCAGAGGCAAAAGCUCACUUCUUGUGCAGGCUGUAUUGCAGAUCAGCUGUCUGCUGAUCUGCCCUGUGAAGACUGCCUUAGAGCGCUAUACGCAUCAGAUCUCAGAGCCUCUAAGACCGGGUCACUCUUGUGUGUUAAAAAGGUGAAUGGUUUGCAUCUGCCCUCAGAAAGUCUUUAUCACGUCGUAAAUAUCUGUGAGCGAGUCUUAAGAACCCAUUCAGGUAUGGCAGUAUAUGAACUGCUUCCUCAACAGAGGGAAUUAUACCUUCAACAGGAAGUACUAAGAGAACUUUGUGGGCACAUGUCUCUCUUUGUAGAGCUAGAUGACCAUCUUUUUGAUGGAGAAGUAUGUGUCACCAACCAUUUUGUAAAGUUACUGAAGGAUAUCAUCAGCUGUUUCUUAAAGCUCAGGACUAAAGAUGUAGGUCAGUGCCCUUUAAAACAGUCGUCAGGAAGAAAUGAAAUGAAAGCUUGGUGAAGAAAACACUGGUCAUCUUUACGGGAUUACACAUGUUCAUUUUUCUAAUACCACUGAGUUCAAACAUUUCCUAAAUAAUGAUAGGUACCUACUUAAGGGACCUAAAACACCAAAAUUUUUAUUAGAAAUAAUUGUUCAACUCAGCUUACUAUUUUUUUUUAAUAAAAUGGCCAUUUUGCACAAUAGGUUUACAGUUCUGACCUAAAAGAAUAUCUAAUUAUGUACAUCACAAAAAAACCGCCACCAACAAAAGAACAUCUGCUCAUAUUUUGGGUAUGGUUUGCAUUUCAGAGUUACCCAAAAUGUAGAAAGCAGUGAGUCAAGGAGCAAAUGGUGCUAUCUUUGGGUUUAUUACUACAAGCCUGAGUUUUAUAUAUAUAGAUUACAAGUUUUCUGAUACCUGAGAUUUAGACAUAUAUAUGUGUAUAUAUAUAUAUAUAUAUAUAUAUAUAUAUAUAUAUAUAGCUGGAUAUGCUUUCAGCAUAUUGAAUCUACUUUAAAAAACAACAGAAUGACAACCAGAAUUCCUGAAAGCAUCUUUCACAAACAGGCUAUCUCCCCUGAAAAAGCUUCGCUUUACCAGUCUAAAAAAAACUGAUGAAAUACUUUAAAAAUCUGGAAUAUAAUUACUUGCCUUUGAAAGUUAAGAUGGGAUUUGAAAAAUUUAGGCUUAAAUAUCAAAUAACAAAAAGUUCCUUUGCUAGAGGACUCUAAAAUAGAAGUACUUAAGCUUUCUGUGGUUCCUUGUGCUGCAGCUAAGAGAGGGGUGUAAUCUGGGAAGAACAUAGGUAAUAUAAUCUUCACGAUCUACUAUCCUGAACUUUGAAUGCCUACUUUUGAAUAAUAGAGUGGAUAAUUGUGUUCUAUUGGAAGAGCCCACUGUUCAUCAGAAAAUGAGAAGCCUUGGGGCUGGAGCGAUAGCGCAGCGGGUAGGGCGUUUGCCUUGCACACAACCAACCUGGGUUCGAAUCCCAGCAUCCCAUAUGGUCCCCUGAGCACCGCCAGGAGUAAUUCCUGAGUGCAGAGCCAGGAAUAACCCCUGUGCAUUGCCGGGUGUGACCCAAAAAGCAAAGAAAAAGAAAAGGAGAAGCCUUUAUUUUAACUUUUGAAGUCUGCUCAUGUUUAAGGGAGACUGAAAUAAUGAAAAACAUUUUCUUUGUUGAUAAAAGAAUUUGAUGGCACCUGAUUAAUAUAUAUACUUGAGAUAAUGGUUAAGAAGAAUCUUCAUCAUAUAAUGGGUUUCAGAAAUUUCAGAGCUUAAAUCUGAAGAAGGAAAGUACUAAGAAUACUUUUCACCAUUCUCGAUAAACAGAAAAACAUACAGGUACUUCCAAAAAUAGGAAUAUGUUGAUGGAUAAAAGAAAAACACAUUCACCUGUGGGAAUAUGAAAUAUAAAACGUAAAACAUCUAUGCUUACCAAUAAGUGAAUACUCAGUAUUAACAUGUAAACUGAAAAAUGCAAGAUUAAUGAGUAGGUAAAAGUUGACUUUUCCUCAUUGAAAUAUCUCUUAGGUACUACUUUAAAAAUCUGUUCUACCUCAAAAUUUUGAUGCACCAGGAGUUGCAUUCCAUUUUGCACAAGAGCGGUUACCAAGACAUCUGGAUAUUUUGGAUUUGGGAGUUGCAAAAGACUUGAGUUUUAAUAAGAUAUUUCAAGAUAAAUCUUAAAGUAAGUCUGUUAGCAACUCGCCAUCUUAUUGCUUAUAUAAACUCAAGGUUUGGGUUGGGUUGGGUUUUGGUUUAGGGCCCACACCCAGUAGUGGUACUUGGUGGUUGUACCCAGUGGUGUUUGGGGGUCCAUGUGGUGCAAGGGACUGAACCUGAACUCAGGACUGUUGCAUGCAGAGCAUAAUUUCCAGCUCUUUGAACAUUCCCCAGCCCUAAAUCCUCCCAAUGUUGUACCCGGUUGUCAUCAUUAAGCCAGGUUCACAUCUGUGCCUAAUGUUCUUUACUGUAAUAUAUAUCUUAAGAACUGAAUGUUUUGCAUUAUUUAAGUGCUGGAUAAAUUCGAUAAACAUCGAAUGGUAUUUUCAUCAUUGUGUUUAGCACAGUAAGUAGGUUACUCUCUACUGAAAGUUCCAACUCUGGUAGCAGAUUUACUUGCUAUGCUAUAUUUUAUAGCGAAAUUUAAAUAAAUUAUUUAUUUCAGUUUGA